UGUCUCUUUCCUCCUUGUAGCUACUUGAAAGCUGCUGCUGUGUCUUCCCGCAGUCUUCUCCUUCCCAGUUUUUUUCUAUUGUCUCUCAUAGACGAGGCAACAGCACAGGGUGGCAGCAGCCCCCGUCCGGAGCAAGGUCUGAGCUCCCAAUCCCAGUAUGAGCCGAAAGUGAGCCGGGCUGCCUGCCCGCCUGGGUCCUAGUAUGCUUUAAAUGCAGAGCUGCAGCAGAGACAUGGGGCAUGGACACGAGCAUGGUCAUGGGAAAAUGGAGCUCCCUGAUUAUAAACAAUGGAAGAUAGAUGGUACUCCGCUACAGGAUGUCCAAGAAAGACUGGCUAGGAGGGGUCUCAAGGAUCCAUGGCUUCGCAAUGAAGCAUGGAGAUAUAUGGGUGGCUUUACAAAACCUGUCACACUUACAGAAGUUCUCACCAAAGGUUUCAAGUGGGGAUUUGUAGCCUUUGUGGUAGCUCUUGGGAUUGAAUACACACUGUUCCCUCCAAAGAAAAAUGGAGGACAUCACUAAAGAUGGAAUAAUAGAACUUCUCGAAAGUUGUUUACACAGUUCUAAAUUAAAACAUGUUAUGCAAUGGCUUAUAACUUUUGUUGCAUACGUAAAGAUGCCUAUUAAAAUUUCUUAUUGGCAAAAGGUUA